CGAAAAAAAAAAUUCGAAACUUGCCCAAAUUUGCAUAUCUUUCACUUUCCUUCUCCCCCUACGGUGCUGUUCAUCCAAGGGAAGGAAACCACCGCCGCCGGGCCGCCAUCCUCUUCGUUUCGCGCGCGCGACGAGAGGGAGGGAGAAGGGCCGUCCGGGAGGGGCCACCCACGCUGGAUACCGUCGUUGCCACCCGCGCCUCGCUGAUAGGAGCGUCGCUGCUGCUCCCCGCGACGGACGCCCGUUAGCGCCGGCCGCUUCGGCCUUCCUCAACCGCGCCGCCCGCAGCUUGCUCCCGCCGCCGGGUGUUCCUCACCGUGCCGUGUGCUUCGAGACGCUGUCGCGCACUGCUGCAGUCCUGCCACCACCGCUGGCCGGUCCCCGCCACUGGACAGAGAGCCGCUCGGGCACUUUUCCUCGUGAUAAAGAACGGACAUCUGUGAGUCAGAACCUCUUGAUAAACCUGAACAGAAUUCAUGCAACGCUGCAGAGAUGAUUUGGUGUGUGAUGUGCAAGACAGUAUGACCUCUUCUGAGGACAGAAGUUCUGAAGUACUUGAAGAUGUGAAGGUAUGUGACAUAUGCGGCGAUGUUGGUGAGGAGGAGAAGCUUGCUGUCUGCAGUAGAUGCAAUGAUGGUGCUGAACAUAUUUAUUGUAUGCAGGUAAUGAUACAAGAUGUUCCAGAGGGUGAAUGGUUCUGUGAAGCGUGCCGAGCUGAGGUAGACAUGGAAAAGAAAAAAAAUAAACUAGAAAUAUCUCAAGUAAAGGCUGGCACGUUUUCUUCAGAGAACAAAGCAGUGGCUGAACAUGUGGGCAAUAAAGAGUCAAAUAAAGCAUGUCAGUGCAAUGUUGGUUGCGUCACUAGUGGUUUAACAUCUACAAUAAAGGUGGAAGAUGGUAGCUCACGCAUUGGUGGCAGUGAGGCUGUUAAUGAAGAUAAAGCUUGUCGUGAUUGUGAACCGAUAUCCAGUGAGAGAAGCACUGCCUUUAAUUUGAAAUCACUGGACGGAGAGACGCACAUCUUGGAAAGUUUCAACUAUGAUGUUUCAUGUGAUUUUGAGGUUAAAGACACAUCUAGUGUGGCUGUAAUGAAUGAAAGGAUAAAGAUACAGAGUGAGGAGAAAAUAUGCGACAUAUGUGGAGAUGUUGGUGAGGAGAAGAAGCUCGCUGUUUGCAGUAGAUGCAAUAAUGGUGCUGAACAUAUUUAUUGUAUGCGGGUGAUGGUACAAGAGGUUCCAGAUGUUGGGUGGCUAUGCGAAGCGUGCCAAAGUGAGGUAGAAAUUGAGAGGAAAAAUAAUAAACUAGAAAAAUCUCAAGUAAAGAUUGGCGCCUCCAAAGGACAGUCCACUGAAGGGAAAUUGAACAAACCUGCCAGUGAUGCAAACAUCAGAAGUUCUUUCAAAAAUGAAGUGGAGGUUAUGUAUGCGGGCAGUAAGAGUCAAAAAAAAAGAAAUCAUGACAAUUGUCCGGCUACUCAAAGGAAGGAAGCAGAAGCUUGUGUUACUUCGUUGAUUAGACAAAAUCUUCCCGAACCUGGUGGUGUAUCCAUAGAAGCUGGCUCCAGAAAAAGAGUCCUGUCACGUGGAAGUUCAUUCAAGUUUGAUACGGAGAAAGGAAAGCAUGCCAUUGGCCAAGUGCCAACCUCAUUGGCAUCUAAUGCUAUGAGGAAUAAGGCACAACUUCUUCAUGGUCCACUCUCCAAGUCCGUCUCUUUCAACAACUCAAAGAUUCCCAAGGUGAAACAGCUAGGGAGUGAAGUUCCUCUGAAGCCCAAACAUUUGAAGGAACCUUCAUCCUGUAUCAGGAAACAAGUGGGUCCAAUGAACAUACUUGCUACAUCAACAUCAUUCAUAAAGCCAAACUUUGGUGACCCAGCAACUAAGGCAAAGGCUCCCACAAAGCCACUGGCUGAGGAGACAAGAGUGAUGAAUCCACCGAUGAGCCGAAAUGUGAAAAAUAACAGAGGCACUUCUAUAUUUGGGUGCCCUUCUGUUAGUGCAUCAUUGGCUGCCCCAAUUUCUUCACUAGCAGAAUCUGCAGGUCAGCAUCUCACCAAAGGAAAUAAUAUGGUUGAGUCAAAUUAUUUAAGCUUUAUUCAUGGACAGGACAGUCAAAAUCUUGGGCACAGUGAGCAAAAGAAACCACAUAUAGCAAAAACACCUGGAAGCAUAACAUUAAGUGGUGUUGAAAGAUCAGCAGGUAUUUUUGGCCCAGAUGCACAGAGAAAAGCAGUUCAGAUCCCAUAUCCUUCACAUCAGGAUAAUAAAUUAAACAACCCUUGUCCGAAGCUGGAAGUUAAAGAUUAUGAUCCUAUAUGCACGAUACGAACUUCUGUGGACAGCCCUACCAUAAGUGAUUUGGGUGUCAAAACACUAGCCUUUUCCAGUCAAGACUUUUCACCUGGCUAUGAACAAAUAGCUUCAACAGCUCCAGAGUUGAAUUACGUUUGGCAAGGCGGUUUUGAGCUGUGGAGGACUGGACAAUUACCUGAGCUUUGUGAUGGUCUUCAAGCCCACAUUUCAUGUUCUGCUUCACCAAAACUGCUUGAGGUAGCAAAGAAAUUCCCUUCUAAAAUCAAGCUCGAGAAACUUCCUCGUCAGAGCAUAUGGCCCUCACAAUUUCAGGAAAAUUGUCCUGCACAUGACAGUAUUGGUCUUUUCUUCUUUGCUAGAGAUACUCAAAGCUAUGAAAAUUAUUAUAGCAAACUAGUAGAAAGUAUAAUGAAGGAUGAUUUAGCACUCAGAGGAAAUAUUGAAACUGCCGAGUUGCUCAUAUUUGCUUCCAGUACCCUGCCAAAGAACUUCCAAAGAUGGAACAUGUUCUAUUUUCUGUGGGGUGUAUUUAGAGUUAGGAGAGAAGAUCUUUUGAACCUUCCACCUGGCGUACCCAAACUUGCUUUUUCAGCACACCAAGAUAAACUGUUGGCAUCAUCCGAUGCUAAUGGUGAAGUAACUUUUGAUGUGAGUACACCAUCAGUUCCAUGCUCUGAUUCCACAGUCCAUGAAAAAGGUGAGGAGAGCACAACCAUAAGCCUUAACGACGCAGAGGACCUCAUGGAUGUAGACUAUGUAAAUACUACUGAAGUGAUCCCAGGCACCGCGAAACAUAAUUCAUAUAUCUCAGAUGGUGCACAGAAAAGAAAUGUUGAGAUGGAAAACUAAAUUAGAUGAUGGAAGUUCUGGGAACAGUGAACUCCGUGUUAAGUGAGAAUACUGAUGGAAGCUACCAUCUUCAGACUUAGGGUACAUUCCCUGGCAGAUUUCUCUGUGAAUGGCUGGUGGCAGCCACUGACACAGUGAAAGUAAAGGCGAUGUCAGGAACCUCAAAUUUGAUGGGAAAUGCAUGUUUCGUAGUCAAUGGUAAACCGUUUGGAAUAUCUGUAAAUAUUCUUUAUUUGGAUGGUGAGGUGUUACCUGAACAUGAUGCACCAUAUCUUGGACUAGAACUGGGAGGCAACAAUCCACAAAACCUGCCAUGUUUUUCUUCAUUUCCUGGAAGCACAUCAAAGUUCGCAGAGGGGAAGCAUAAAGAUUAUAGUUA